CAAAAUGAUUGUCAAAUCUGAUAUAUAUCACGUCUAACAUAUUUGGUAGGUUGAUAACAAUGGAACCAUAAUUUAGGUAACCCCCAAAUCGUCAGCAUUGACGUCUAUAAUUUCAAUAUUCUCAUAAACAAAUACCACGAAAGAGACCACGUACAUUUUAUCGCCUAGUAUUGACGAACAAGGUAAACCAAACCACUCUCACAUGUUACAUGUAUAGAUAGAUACACACCCACACAAUGACACAAAUAUAUAUACACACAGACAGAGAGACACGAUUUGUUAAAACAGACGUAGAAGAAACAAGGCUAAAUUGGUGGAGAGAGAGAGACGACAAAAUGCAGGAUUUGUCCUCAACGGUAUCUUAUAGCCCAAGCUUCAGUUACUACGCUUCCGGUGAAUUCGCCGCCGCUGCAGUUAAAGUUUCCCGCGAAAACCAAAGUUUCAAUAUGACAGAUCAUCAAUCCGUUAAAGUUGACUCUUUCAAUGACGAAGACGCUGACUUCGAGUUUGAAACGUCGCCGUUACAUGAAGAAACCUUCGUCCCAUUCCCGACGUUCAAAACCGACGUCGUUUCUAUCAUCAACAAGAAAGACAAAGAAACUGCCCCUGAAAAUAUAUCGGACCGUUUCUCCGGAAAUUGUCUAUGGAGUCCACUCAGAUCUCCGGCUGCGUCAAAACACUCGGAAUCGUCCACGAGCACACCGAAACAGUGCCGUUUGAAGAAAUUUCUAACGAGAAGUCAUAGCGACGGUGGCGUGUUGGCCCCAAGCGCAUCGAAACGGUGCUAUAUUUUUAAGGAUCUUAUGCGGAGGAGCCACAGCGACGGCGGCAGCGACGUAAGUAAGACGAGCUCGCCGGCCGUGAAAGUAAAGGACAAAACGGUGCCGUAUAAGGUCGGGGAAGGAGAUAAGAGAAGAAAAUCUUAUUUGCCUUACCGGCAAGAUUUGAUCGGAGUUUUCGCCGUGGUUCGAGGAUUACGUCGUUAAUCGAAAUUUAAUUAAUUUUUAUAGUUUAACACAACUUGAACUUAUUAAGUAUACUAUUAUAGCAAUAAGGUACUUCUUUAAUUCUUGUAUUUAUAAAUAUUUCCAUGUAACUUUUGUUUAGUGAUAUUGAAGUCCAAUUCUUUUUUUUUUUUU